GCUUAGUUACCAAUAUAGCUAAAGACUAAAGUUAAUUUCCUUUUACUCAAACUAUCUCCCUAAAAUAUUUGUAUAUAUCAAUGGAAUAACACAUCACACAAAACUUCACAAGUCUUUUUGUUUUCAUCACACGGUUUAGACUUUUAGCAGAAAGAAACAUGAAAAGCUCCUACACAUUCACCAUCUUCUUCUUAGCUCUUCUCCUUACCUCUUGUUAGUAAUCUCUUCCUCAUAUUUGUGGAUUUAUUUAUAAUGUUAUGAUGAAAGUAAUGAGUGAUUAAUGAGUUUGGUAUGUAUAUAUGUAUAUAGGUGUGGUGAUGAGUGCAAGGAUACAAGAAAGCACAAACGAUAUAUUGAAGCCUAUAACAUGCAAUAGCAAUGCAGAUUGUGCCAAGUUUUGCAAAGGUCCAAUCCACAACUGCGUAUUUCAUACUUGUCAAUGCGUACCCGGAAAUCCUCAUUGUUGCUAGAAAACACUCUCACACAUUUUCUGAUUCAACAUCUUUUGCGUUGGAAUUUCAAAUAAAAUUAUGUUUCCUU